AUUUUCUCUCCCUGAGCAGUUUAUCAAACCGUUCGUCACAGAGCAACAAGUCUACCGAUUGAACGCCUGACAAGUACUGGGCAUGUACAGGGCUAGGUAGGUGCUGUAGGUUGACGUGUAGACGGUGAGAGGAAGGGUAGCAUAGCCCAGUCCUUAUGAGGCAAGCGAGGCGAUGCUCCAAACUGACUAAUACGCCGCGCCAGUGGAACCUGUGUUAUUUAUACCUGCGGUGUCUACUGUCUACUUACCUACCUACCUACCUAGGCAUAUGUAUCCAGCUGGUUGGUUAAAGCAAGAGACGGGGAACUGCUGCCAGGCGACUGAGGGAACCCUCUCCAGCGGGAUCAGCCGCACACCCACCCAUCUCACGCCCUUUCUAUCCUGCUCGCUUCUGACCCCUUCGAUGACUGUCUCUGCCGCCGCUUGAGCACUGAGACCCAUUAACUGAAGGUCCCAAGGACAGCCCAUCUGAUAGUGAUAGCUCCGUCUGGUCAUUUCAACUUUCAUCUGGCCCUUUAACGUGAGCGAGUUGAUCGAUCUGUCAAAUUCUCUCGAAGUCGACGAGUAAUAUUUCUAUUUCUUUCCUUUUUUUCCUGUUCGGAUAUCCUACAGCAGGCAGGUCCCAUAGUCCUACUAUAUUCUCAUUAUAUAAAAUUACUCUCAUCUAUGUUGCAUAUACCCCUUGCGCAACCCUCACUUCCAUCGUACUAUGGCUGCUGAGGUUUACCCUUCCGAAGAGAAAACGGAGCCAUUCACUCCUGAGGAACUCCAACUGCGAAUGGGUAAAAGCAUCCAAGUUGAUGAAUCCGGUGAUGCUCACCACGACCAUAUCCCCUUGGACCACUUGGUGAUUGAUGAAGACCACCACAAAAAUGGCCUCCGCAUCCUGGUGCGGCCACUCACAAAAAGCCGCUCUGUCAGCCCUGGCAACGACAACUGUCAGUGGCUUACUCUGCGGGCAGAGGUGGGAAAUUCUAGCCAGUCCAAGUCCAAGGUGUUAGCUGUGACCCAAACCUCCAAGGACAUCAAUUUCUCCAUCAGGAUUCCACAGGCUGAGGAGGGUGACCGUCCUCCACUAUGGUGUGAGCUUUAUUAUGAUCCCGCUAGCGAUAGCUUGAUACUGUGGAACAAGUCCGAGAUUCCUGUUGUCCUCGCCAGGGUAUCUCUUUCAGAUCACGCUGGCGCCAAUUAUAAACAGGAGAUUCUACCGGGCGCAACCCGAGAGCUGUCGCCAGGUACAUGGAGGAUCAGUGUUGGUAUUCCCGUCCUUGAUUUUCGGAUCUUGGAGAAAAGACCUGCCACAUUACAUGUUCCGUCUGAUAGCUUCGAAUCUUCACCUGCCCGAAGCCAGAUACUGUCGAGUUCGUUGGGUAAAAGGUCAUUCUCAUCCGACGAUUUCGCGACAGAAAAUGCAGUGAUUGAGAAGCGUCUUCGACGCGACGAUACCAACGAAGAGAAUGAGGAUAAUGUCAUCAUUCUGUUCAACACAGCCAAAACGAAGGAGAUUGCUAUACCCAAUGGUCACGCAUUACUCCAAGUCCAGAAAGAUGAGACGUUGGCGAUUCCUGGUGAUAGUGACACUGAUGGGUACCAGUUGACAAAACGCGAUCAGAUCGCCACCACUGGGGCUUCUUCCGUAUAUACAGCUGAGCACUCUCAUGUUCCCGACGGCGUCAUCACAGUUAAAGUCCUCAAGACCCGUGGGCCCCAGACAGACAAUCGACCCCAGGAUGCGAUGCAUCGGAAUGUGAUACGCCAGGCCGAUAUAUGGCUGCGUGAAUAUCAGAGCCAAGAAGAUCUCCAACACGAAUCCAUCGUCAGGUUACAUGGUGGUGAUGCGCGCUACUUAUCGCUCUAUAUGGAGCAUGUCGAUGGCAAGGAUCUAGCCGCUCGUAAUGUGUGGCGUGACAUCACAACAGACAAAUUCGUUGGCGGUCGCGCUGACGCUAUUCGCAUUCUUAAAGACAUUGCGGGCGCGUUGCAUUACAUACACCAGAAAAAGCGCAUUCAUAACGAUAUCAAGCCCGCCAACAUAUUGUAUUCCAAGGAUAGGGGUGCCGUCCUCUGCGACUUCGGAUUAUCCACUCGCACUGUCGACCCCGCUACUAACGGAGGCACACCAUAUUAUGUGCCUCCGGAGUUCAUAGGGCAGAAGCUUCGCGGUCCAGCAUCAGACGUGUGGGCCCUUGGCGUCACAAUGCUCUAUGUGCUACGAAAGAUCCCCUUUCCCGACGCUCGUGGAAUCCGUGGCCACCCAAAGCAAUUAUACUGGAUGAUUGCAGAUCUGAAUCGCAGACACGGACAGUCUUCUAGCCGCACAUCCUCUGCUGUCACACAAAUGCAACAGUGGCUAAGUGAGGUCAACGAGUCCAAAGCCCAACUGAAUUCUCGUGAUAAAAUCGAGUUUCUCGUGUUACAAAUGCUGACACCUAAUCCACUUCAACGCAUCACUAUGGCCAAAGUUAUGCAUGAGCUACAUCCGGACAAAGAAACGAUCCUCGCGAGAUGAGGUUGUGCGUGGCAACUAAUCCAGAACCCACUACAUACACCCUACGAAGAUAUGCGCACCACAGAAGGGCUCCAUCCUGCACAGAAGUCUGAGCGUCCAACACUGUACUCCCAUGGCACAAACAAUGAAGACUAGUUGCUUUUCUCUAGCUCACAGCUUUGAUGUUCAUUGUGCUAUCACUUUACGUUGAAACUUGAGCGUUAUUUUCCUAUACAGUCAUCCUCAA